AUGCUUAGAAACUUGACUAGAACAAAACAAUCUGUCUUAAGACUAUCAACUCGUUCAUUAGCAACAACUUCAAUCCCAACAACUCAAAAAGCCAUUAUAUUUGAUAAAAAUAAUGGUCCUUUAGAAUAUAAGGAUAUCCCAGUUCCAAAACCAAAACCAAAUGAAAUUUUAAUAAAUGUUAAAUAUUCAGGUGUUUGUCAUACUGAUUUACACGCAUGGAAGGGGGAUUGGCCAUUACCAACAAAAUUACCAUUAGUUGGAGGUCAUGAAGGUGCUGGUGUAGUUGUCGCCCUGGGUGAUGAAGUUAAAAAUUUUAAAAUUGGUGAUUUAGCUGGUAUAAAAUGGUUAAAUGGUUCAUGUCAAUCAUGUGAAUAUUGUGUAAAUGGAUUUGAAUCAAAUUGUGCCCAAGCUGAUUUAUCAGGUUAUACUCAUGAUGGUUCUUUCCAACAAUAUGCAACUGCUGAUGCUGUUCAAGCUGCUAAAAUCCCACAAGGUACCGAUUUAGCUGGUGUUUCACCAAUCUUAUGUGCUGGUAUCACGGUUUAUAAAGCUUUAAAAACUGCUCAUUUGAAAGCUGGUGAUAUUGUUGCCAUUUCAGGUGCUGGUGGUGGUCUUGGUUCUUUAGCGGUUCAAUAUGCAAAAGCUAUGGGUUAUAGAGUCCUUGCAAUUGAUGGUGGUAAAGAAAAAGGUGAACUAGUUAAAUCUUUAGGUGCUGAAUUUUAUGUUGAUUAUCAAUCAUCACCAGAUUUAAUUGAAGAAAUUCAAUCAAAAACUAAAGGUGGUCCUCAUGGUGUUAUUAAUGUUUCUGUUUCAGAUAAAGCUAUAUCUCAAUCAACAAAAUUUGUAAGAUCAACAGGUUCAGUUGUCCUUGUUGGAUUACCACCAAAUGCUGUUGUUCAUUCAGAUGUUUUCAAUCAUGUUAUUAAGUCAAUUUCUAUUAAAGGAUCUUAUGUUGGUAAUAGAGCUGAUACAAGAGAAGCUAUUGAAUUUUUCACUAGAGGUUUAGUUAAAAGUCCUAUUAAAGUUGUUGGAUUAAGUGAAUUACCUGGGGUUUAUGAAUUGAUGGAACAAGGUAAGAUUUUAGGUCGUUAUGUUGUUGAUACUAGUAAAUAA